UCUCUCUCGCUCUCUCUCUCACUCCAUUUCAUCCAUCCAGGGUGACGCCAGUCACCCCGCCCCGUUCAACUCAGUCCACCGCGUUCAUUUCAUUCCUGCUCCCAUUCCGCGCAUAUUUCGCAUCCUUGGAGGGACCCGGCGCAUUUUACGCACUCAGCACGCCCGAUUCUCCGUCAAACCAAAACCGAGUGGACGCUCCCAAGUUGCCGGGGGACCUUCCACAUGCUGCGGAUGCACCCGUGUGCGCAAAAGUGGGGGAAUUUAGCGAUUACAAGGCCAAUGAAUCGAGGCUUCCUGCCAGCGGCCCUGGGAUUUUGACCAACUGUUCUCUUUUCUAUGCUUUCCCAACCAAUUUUGGGGGAAUAUUUUGGAUCGUAAACAAUUUGGGGGCGACCCUUCCAAAACAAACUACUUUGCUGCCUUGUGCGCUGACCACGCUUCGGCUUGUCAACAUUAGCUGCCAGGAUGGAACGCAGCAGUUGGAGUGGCAGUGAGAGUCCCGGGGACGACAUAGACAGAUUGAGUGACUCUGGAGGGGACAAGACAAUGGACGGGGACCCUGAAGGGGUGUGGAGCCCUGACAUUGAGCAAAGCUUCCAAGAAGCCCUUGCCAUUUACCCGCCAUGCGGAAGAAGGAAAAUUAUACUGUCGGAUGAAGGAAAGAUGUAUGGUCGAAAUGAGCUUAUAGCCAGAUACAUCAAACUCCGCACAGGAAAAACGCGGACAAGAAAACAGGUUUCCAGUCAUAUCCAGGUUUUAGCCAGAAGGAAAUCAAGGGAAUUCCAGUCCAAGAUAAAGGAUCAUAAUGCCAAGGAAAAAGCACUACAGAGCAUCUCAUCCAUGUCCUCUUCUCAGAUCGUUUCAGCCACUGCCAUACACAGCAAGCUGCUGCCAGGAAUCGUGCGGGCCAACUUUUCCGGAAGCACACAGCUGUGGCAGGGGAUGAUCCCUGGAGGACAGUCCAGUUCCGCCUCAGAAGACAUCAAGCCGUUCUCGCAGCAAGCCUACUCAGUGCAGACAGCAGGGACCACCACAAUCACAGGUUAUGAGCGUCCUGCAGCCGAGUCACACAGAGAACCAGCGUGGCAGGGUCGCUCCAUUGGCACCACUAAACUAAGACUGGUGGAGUUCUCGUCGUUCCUGGAAACCCACCGAGACCAAGAAGCAUGCAACAAGCACCUGUUUGUGCACAUCAAUCAGAGCAAUCCCAGCUACAGCGACCCCUUGCUGGAGUGUGUGGACAUCAGGCAAAUCUACGACAAGUUCCCAGAGAAGAAAGGCGGCCUGAAGGAGCUGUUUGCAAAGGGCCCUCAAAACGCUUUCUAUCUCAUCAAGUUUUGGGCUGACCUAAAUUACAAUGCACAAGAAGACCCCGCGGCCUUUUAUGGUGUCACUAGCCAGUAUGAGAGCUCAGAGAACAUGACUAUUACCUGCUCAACCAAGGUUUGCUCUUUCGGCAAGCAGGUCGUCGAGAAGGUGGAGACGGAGUACGCCAGGUUUGAGAAUGGACAUUUCGUCUACAGAAUCAGUCGUUCGCCGAUGUGCGAAUACAUGAUCAACUUCAUCCACAAGCUCAAACACCUGCCAGAGAAAUACAUGAUGAACAGUGUACUGGAGAACUUCACUAUUCUGCUGGUCGUGAGCAACAGGGACACUCAGGAGACCUUGCUGUGCAUGGCCUGCGUGUUUGAGGUGUCAAACAAUGAGCAUGGAGCACAGCACCACAUCUAUCGUCUUAUCAAGGAAUAA